CUGCCCGGCGUGGGCGUGGAGAGGAGCUGGGACUGCGCCCGCCUCCGGGCCCUGCGCGGGGAGCUGGCAGCUGACUUUGACUCCUCCAAGCCCCCCAGCGUGGAGCAGCUGGAUGUGCUGAGGGAGUUUGCUGGAAUUGCUGCUGGAGCCUCAGCUCCUGAGAGCCUUGCUACCCUUGCCUUCCUCUACAUGUGCCUGGCUGUCUCAGGGAAGCACAGGGAUGUUCCAAGCAUGGACAUUCGGGUGUGGUCAGAGCUGCCCACGGGGGCUGGGCUGGGCUCCAGCGCCGCCUACGCCGUUUGCCUGGCGGCCGCCCUGCUGACAGCCUGUGGAGCCAUCUCCUGCCCUCUGAAGGAGGGAGAGGCCACAGCCAGGUGGACAGAGGAGGAGCUGACUCUGAUCAACACCUGGGCCUUGCAGGGGGAGCGGGUGAUCCACGGCAACCCCUCGGGCGUGGAUAACGCGGUUGGUACCUGGGGUGGAGCCCUGAGAUACCAGUCGGGGAAAAUCACACCAUUAAAGAGGGUGCCGAUGCUGAGGAUCUUGCUGACCAACACCAAAGUCCCUAGAAGUACCAAGGUCCUGGUGGCUGGUGUCAAGGAGAAGAUCCAGAAGUUCCCUGCAAUAAUGAACCCAGUGCUGGACUCCAUCGAUGCAAUUUCUCAGGAGUGCCAAAGUGUUCUGGAAGCAAUGCCUGCAAAUCCAUCACCAGAGUGUUACCCUGUGCUGGAGGAACUCUUUGACAUCAACCAACACCAGCUGAGCGUGCUGGGAGCAGGACACCCCUCCCUGGACAGGCUGUGCCAGGUGACAGCAUCCCACGGCCUGCACAGCAAGCUGACGGGGGCCGGCGGGGGCGGCUGCGCCAUCACCCUCCUCAGGCCAGACACCUCCCUGCUGGCCGUGGAAGCAGCCAAAAGAGACUUGUGUGCCUGUGGAUUUGAAUGCUGGGAGACCAACAUCGGGGCCCCUGGUGUGACCCUGCACUCCUCCUCCUCUCUGAGCCCCCCGGUGCUGCACGCGCUCGCCCAGAGUUAA